AUUUGAAUAACACGCUACAACUCAUGUCUCUGCGAUUAUUCAGUUGAUCAUAUGGUACAAGAGCAGAAAAUGAAAAUGUGUUAUAAUCUAAAUCAGUAUAAUAUUUUAUUGUUAACUUAAAACGAAUAAUGUAAUAUAAUAACUAAAAAAUGACAGGGUCAUCAGUCGACAAUUGGGAUGUAUUAGAGGAUUUGAUCACUAGAGAUGAAGGCGAACGAAAAGAUCAAGAAAAAAUGAACGAGACGCGAAGACCGACAUCGUCGUUAACCGCCACGAGGAAAACGACGACAGACGAUUGGCUGGGUCUGCGGCCGAAAAGUAACGCGGAGGUAACGUCGUACGAACCAUCGUUGCACGAGAGCGGUGGGCCAAACGUGUCGAGGCGUCAUGACUUUAGGCGGCAAAGCACGCAACAGCGGACAUCCCGUUCGGCGGGUUUGUUGUUCAGCGACGACGACGACGAUGACGUUAAGAAGAAUAAGGCCACCCCCAAAAACGUUUUUGACUCGUUGGCCGAUACCACUACGUACCGCGGUACCGGUGUAAGUGCUGUACCGUUACCGACUACCGCGGUCGACGGGAAAUCCGCCGAUCGGCCGAGGACCGCGGUUUCCGAAUCACAGACGUUGUCGAAACGCCGAGAGACGUCACCGUCCAUCACGGUCGCCAAGAAAACUACGCCAGUCACUGAAAAUAUUCCUUCUUGGUUGAGCGGGUUAAUACAUAAUACAGAUGAAACGACUACUGAUCCUCCAUCUACUCAUCAUAUUGUAUCCACUGACAAAAUGGUUGAUAAGAAUGUUCCACAGAAAACUGAGAAAGUUGAAAAAUUUUCUGAAGAAAAACCAGUUUCGAUUUUAUCCUUGCUUAGAGGAAAAGAUAGUAUCCAAACUUCCAUGUUGGAAAUGAUUCAAGAAUUAGCUAAAAAAAAACAAGACAUACAACAGGCUGCAAUAACAUUGAUUCAAGAUCAACAAAAUAGCGAUCUUCUUAUUAAAGCGUUGUUAAUGGAUAAUAGUUAUUCCGUAAUGAAUCCUGAUGGGCAAGAAUUAGAACGUCUAAGAUCUGAGAAUCACAAAUUCCAACUGACGAACGACCAUCUUUCAAAAAAACAUGAAUUAGAAUUAGAUGCCUUAAAAACUAAAUAUGAAUUACAGCAAAAUGUGUUGCACGAAAAACUAAAUCGUUGCGAGGAACGCGUAAAUGAGCUGGAAGAAGAACGAAAAGCCGAUAUGACGGAACGAAAAGAAAAUGAAAAACGUUUAAAAGAUAUGUAUGAGGAGAGAUUACGUGUGAUUCACGAAAGUCAUUUGAUAGAUCUUAAACAAUCUAAUGAAGUACAAAGAAUUAAAAUGAACCAUUUGGAAGAAGUUGAAUCAAGCUUCCGUGAUUCAAAGCCAAAGCGUCUGACCAGCGAAGAAAUGACCGCUAGAGAGAUUUCAAUUACAGCCCAAAAUAAACAACUUAAAGACUUACAGGAAGAAGUAGAUAAGCAGAUGGCGACGUUGGAAGGAGAAAGAUCAGCUCUUCAAAUGAAAAUCGAAGAGUUCCAAUCAAGAAAUCAACGGGAACGAAAUGAACUGGAACUUUUGAAUAAAGAACUAAAACGAUCUAUGAAGACGUUUGAAGAUGGUCGCAAGACAUGGGAACGUGAGAAAAAAUCAGAAACACAAUACAUCGAAAGUAGGAAACAAGAGUUAGAGGAUGUUCGAUCAUCGGUCAUUGAAGAACAGCGCAAAUUAGCAGAAGAACGUUUUGAAGUGGCUUCGGAACGAUACAGACUCGAAACCAUGCUCAAAUUAGAUGACGGGACAGGAACUGAUUUAAUACAAGCCAAAGUGGAAGUGAAAGAGAGUUUUAAGGAACUAAAAAAAAAAGAAAAAGAAUUAGAUAAACGAUUAGAACAUACUAAAGAACUGGAAAAACGUUUAAUCGAAGAAAAAAACAGAUUACAAGAGUUAGACGAUGAAGUCAAAAUGAAAUCAAUUCGAGCUGAAAAAAUGUUUAAGAUGGCACUUUCAAAACAAGAAGAAGGUCUAAAGGCUUUGGAGAAUGCAAAAGAUAUUCAAAAUAAGUUUGAUAAAAAAGGUAAAGACAUUCAUAAUCGAUUGUUGGACGUAAUAAAACGUGAAGAAAAUCUUGUCAUGGAAGAAACUAAAAUAGCUAAAGAAAAAGAAGAAUUUGGCAAAUUACGAAAAAAACUUGAUGUGGUUCUGCCUCAAUUGUCCGGAGAUGAAAUACGUUUUUUAAAUCCUAAUUUAAAUAAAUAUGAAGCCGAAAAGGAAGUAUACUUUAAGAAAACUCAAUUUUACUAAUUUUGUAUUAAAUGUUGAUUCAUACAUUUUUGACAUUUUUAGUUAAAUUUUAAAGUUUAUAACAUAGAACAAAAUACAAAUAUAAUAGUCAUCUAAUAUGUAUAUAAUUAUAUCAUUUUACUAAGAAAAUACGAUCUAUAUUA